AUGGCGGCAUCGGAACAGUUGGACAGCUUCUUCAAGCAGCAUCCUCACAUCCGCUAUGUCACCCCAACAUCACCCGAUUAUCCUGAAUUAAGAUCCACGUGGUAUGGGAACGAAGGCGCAACACCGCUCGGCAUCGCACGUCCUCAGAACGCCGAAGAUGUCGGCGCAAUCGUAUCGUUCACCGGUUCGAGCAAUAUUCCUUUCACUGUGCGAACAGGCGGACACGAUAGCUGGUUUCGAGGGUUCGCCGCUGAUGCUCUCACCAUCGAUAUGCGCGAUAUUGACUUUGUGCAAAUCGAGGCCUCGAAAUCUUCCGCGAGGAUAGGUGGCGGCGUGCUGCAGGGCCAGGUCGCUCGAGAACUGUCCAAAGAGAGGCUCACCACUUCGAUGGGAAGCGUUCCGUCCGUUGGAUAUGUUGGUUGGGCGGUCUGUGGCGGGUAUGGACGUUUUGCUGGAACGUAUGGGAUGGGCGUGGAUCAGAUUCUAGCCGCGAAGCUGGUGAAUUGCGAUGGCCAGAUUUUGGAGGCUGAUGCUGAGAUGCUGCGGAUUAUUCGAGGUGGAGGGGGAAUGUUGGGUGUGAUCGUGGAACUUACGAUUAAGAUCUACCCUCUGGAGAAGCUUCUAGCUGGUCGCAUUGUGUUUGAGUCCAGCGACUUGGCCGCAAUCAUAAAGGAGUUCGCAUCUGGAGACAGAGCACUAGAGAGGGACGGCUUUCCAGCUCCAUUGCAUAUACUACCUGUCAUCGUCAACGCUCCACUUGGCAAGACGCUCGCAGUCGCAUUUACGUGGAGCUCACCCGACUUCGCAACCGGCCGCCAAUACGUCGACCGCGUCUCAUCCUUCGGCCACGCAAUCAUGAACACCGUGGAAGAAACCAACAUCCCCGACUGGCAGGAAGCAUCAGCAGCCGGCUUACCACCCGUCAUGUUCGGCAUCCACAACCAAAAGUCCUGCCGCGUCUACUCCCUCUCCGAUCAAGUCGCAGAAGUAAUCGCAGACGCCGCAGCAAAGAUGCCAAGCGACCCAGCAACCCUCACAGGAAUCCACACGCUUCGAGAAGCAGAAGAACCCAUCCAAGACUCCGUGUUCAAGGUACGGGAACCGCACUUCUUUAUCGAGAUGCUAUCUACAGUCUCCGAACCCGAUCCCAAGAAAAUCGAGGAAGCAAAGAAGUGGGCUGCGGAGUACCAUGAUGCUUUGAUGAAGAUUGAUGAGGGAAAUUUGGAGAAGGCGCAGUAUUUCACGCAUACGUCUCCUGAGGAUGCCGAUUUUCAGGGGAUGUAUGGUGAGUAUUGGGAUUCGUUGGUGGAGGCGAAGAGGAAGUAUGAUCCGAGGAAUGUGUUUCGAUCAGGGCCGACGUUUGAGUAA